AUGGAAGCAUUUAUUCAUUCUCUGGAUGUCAGAAUGUGGGAAGUUGUAUCUAACAAGUAUGAUGUACCAUCUAUUGUACCUACGGAUGCAAAUGAAAGGACAAAAUAUGAACUGGAUAAGAGAGCUCGCUUUGCAAUUCUUUGUGGGUUAUCAAAAGAAGUAUUUGUUAAAGUAAUGUACUUCAAAUCAGCCAAUGAGUUUGAUGAUUUGAAAAUGAAUAAUGAUGAGACAGUGGCAAGUUAUUUUCUUUGUAUUGAUGAAGUUGUAAAUGCCCAAAAGGGUCUUGGUGAAGAAAUUGAUGAACAUGAUGUGGUUGCAAAAGUAAUUAGAACAUUAUUACCAAAAUUUGAAACUAAAAUAUCUGCUCUUGAAGAGAAGAAAAAUUUCUCUAAAAUGACUGUGCAUCAGCUUCAAAGUACUCUUACUGCUUAUGAAAUGAGAAUUGGUAAUACCCCUUCUACCUCUAAGGAAACAGCUUUUAAAAUUGAGAAACAGGAAGAGAGUGAGUCUGAAUUAUCUGAUGUUUUUGAAACUUUACUAGUUAGGAAACUUAGGAAGAAGUUUCAAGGAAAGUUUAAAUGUUUUGGCUGUGGUAAAACCGGUCACUUUGCAGCAAAAUGUCCGUAUUUAGAUCUAAGUAAAGAUGAAGAUAAAUCUGAAAAAUCGUUUAAAAAACCUUGGAAUCCUAAUAAAAGGUUGAACAAUUUUAAAAAGAAGAGUCUUGCGUCAAAAGAAGAGACUGAAGACGAAUCUGAUGAGUCAAAUGUUGGUGGUUGUGAAACACUAUUCAUGACCAAAGUUGAAUUUGAAAAACCAGUUGCAGUAAAAUCUGAAUCAGAUUCUGAAGUUGAAAUAGAAGAUGUAAAUCUCGAAGAAGAACUUCUUUGUGCUCUUCAAGAAGUAAAAAGAUUUAAGAAACUUGUAAUUUCUUAUGAAGAUUCCAAUCAGAUCUUACAACUUGAUAUAGUAAAUGCAAACAAGGUUAUUGAAACUCAGAGAAGUCUUAUUGAAAGAAAAGAACAAGAAAUUAGUACUCUACAAAAACAAGUAUACACUCUUGAAAAACAAAAACAUUCUACUGAAAAAGGAGAAACUUCACAUCAGAAUUUUGUAAUAGCAAACAGAAAUCAGUUUUCGAAUAACAAAUUUUUCCAUGGCUAUUGUCGUUUUUGUAAUCUGUUUGGGCAUAAAGUAAAUACUUGCAGAUUUGCUAGAGUUCCUAUUUUUGGUCAUAAACAGUCUUUUGGUUUUGUCAGAGACAUAAGAUGUUUUACAUGUUAUCAAUAUGGUCACACUUCUAAGUACUAUAAAAAGUUACAAAAACCUGCAAAAAUGUGGAGACCAAAACUUGAACAAUCUAUGCUUGUUCAAACAGCUCUAAUAUCUACCAAUUCUUCUAUUUGGGUUUUGGACAGCGGAUGUUCUCAUCAUAUGACAGGAGAUAAAAACAAGUUUUCAGCCUUAGAAAAUCAUCCAGGAGGUUUUGUUAAAUUUGGUGAUAAUACAGGUCUAUACAUUACUGGAAUGGGAACAGUCAUGAUAAACAAAGACACUCCUAUAAUGAUGUCUAUUAUGUUGAAGGAUUAA